ACUAGAAUAUUAAUAACAGAAAGAAGCAACCAUUUUGUGUGAAUGAGUGUAAAUAGGGGAGGGAGGUUUUUUGGGUUGGUGCACUAAUUGUAAGUGUAUCUUGUGUUUUUUAUGUUGAUUUAAUAAAAAAAUAAAAAAUUAAAAAAACGUUACCGAUAAUAAAAAAAACCUGGUACCGAUAAUUUCCGAUAUUACAAGUUAACGCAUUUAUCGGACAUCUCUAAUACUAAGUCUUUCAAUGGUUGGAAUCUGCACUUUUGCAUGAUAUACUAGUUACUAUGGUAAUCUAAUUAGUUACUAUGGUAAUCUAAGUCACAGCAGCUCAGACGAGGCACCAAGCAGUGUGGGUGGGGAGCGUUUCCACUGAGUGUUUCCAGAGCCUGAAAUGUGGGUGUCAGGGACAGAUGCGGAAGGAGAUUUUUACAACAAAGUUCUACAGCUUAGUGAUGUAUCAGAUAUAUCAGAUAGUAGGUGUUUUUUUGUUUUUUUACCCUUGGCGAUCAUAUUUUGCUGUGUUUGUAUAUGUGGAUGAAGAGGGGGUGUGACGUUCAAAUGUUGUCAAUAUUCAGUGUUUUAUCGUUCAUAGUUAAUAUUGUAAAUCUCACAUUCUUUAUUUUCAUGUACAUUCUGGGUGUCUCAUUCAGUAAAAAAAAAUUGAAAUUCCAUUCCGUUUUUUAAGGCGGUCUGUCAUAACGUUUUUAGCAUUUAAUCAGACAUUAUUGUGAGUUUUGUAUUAGUGUUCCUAAAAAUCAGAUAUACCGGCCCCCAGACACAUUUUUUUCUCUAAAUUUGGCCCCCCGAGUCAAAAUAAUUGCCCAGGCCUGCUAUGGGGACUACCUGAAAUAAUGUAAUCCAUCCAUUUUUCUACCGCUUAUUCUCUUCGGGGCUGCGGGGGGCGCUGGAGCCCAUCUCAGCUACAAUCGGGCAGAAGGCGGGGUACACCCUGGACAAGUCAACCUGAAAUCAUGAAUUGGCAAAUAUGUAUGGAGAUUCUCACCAAAAAUGCAUGGAUUUGUUUGUGGUCUUUAAAGUCACCCUCGGCCGUUUGUCAACAAGGAAGUGCUGUCAGGUGUGGCAUGUUUCAGUUCCUCAUUUCUGUCCUGUUGCGACCAGGGAAAGACAGCAAACUGAGAGCUUGGCAAUAAAGUUCCCCAGGAAAAUCAGUGCCAGAGAACUGCUGAUGAGUCACCAGCUCAGUGAGAAGAGGAAACAUGAGGACUCAUUCUAUACUGAGGACUGGGGGACUUUCACCCCUAACAUGAGUCCUUACGUGUCCUCGCCUUGUCUCCAGUCGCCUCCGGCUCCCAAGUCUCCGAUGACUUUGUUUCACUGGCAAAUCCAACAGGAAUCACAAAGGUUUGAAGGCGUCUCCCCUGAGGUGCUGACCAGGCAGGACGUUGACGGCGACACAUGUCUUCACAUAGCUGUGGCUCAAGGCAGAAGGGCUCUGGCCCACGUUCUGGCUGCCAAGAUGGCAGGCUGGAAUGCUUUAGAGAUGAAGGAGCACAAAGGGCAGACAGCGCUUCAUGUGGCAGCAGCUACCGAUCAGCACCUGAUUGUACAGGACCUGCUGCUGCACGGCGCGCACAUCAACACCAGAGACUCAUGGGGGCGCUCACCUUUACACGUGUGUGCCGAGAAAGGAUUCUAUCUCAGUCUUCAGAGCAUCUGUAGGACUUUGUCAGGUUGUGGGCAGUGGAUCGAUACAGAAAUGUUCAACUACGAUGGCCUGACUCCUCUCCAUGUUGCUGUCCUGUCUCACAAUGCUGCUGAGGCGGAGUUGAGGGCUCUCGAUCACACUCGUGCGCACCUGCAAGGGGAGUUGCUGCAACGUAAACACGUGUACGCUCAAUGCGUGGAGACCCUGCUGACCAUGGGCUCCUCCUGCGGGACAAAGGAUUUAAAGAGUGGACGGACAUGUUUGCACAUGGCCGCCCUGGAAGCCAAUGUUCAACUGUUAGACAUCAUCCUGCAGCAGCCGUCUGCAGCGAGCAGCGUGAACAUUAAGACGUUCAGCGGGAACACGGCCCUGCACAUUGUCAGUGCCUUGCAAAACCACCCGACUCAGCUGCAAGCCUUGGCCAUGCUGAUGAGGGCAGGAGCCGACCCCGGGGUCAGAAACAUGGACAAUGAGUCGGCCUGUCAGCUGGUGCCUGCGGGAGACACUGGGGAGAAAGUGUGUCAGAUGCUGAGAGGCCAGCAUGUUCCUACUUAAAACAGACCACUGUCAGUCAGACAGUCCAUAUGCAGAUAUUUGUUGCUCACGCAGCAGAUGUUGGUUGUUUCAGUGAAACAAAUCAGCUUGAUGUAAAGCUCAAUGAGCAAAUACUUCAUUUUUUGUACCUCAUCAUAUAAAGUUACUUUAUGCACUAGAAUUAACUUGUAUAGUGGCACGUAAAUCAUCAGUACACUUAACCAUACUAAAUGUAAACAUUAGCACAUUUAACAAUACUAAGUGUGAAAAUAAGUGCACUUAACAGUUCUAGAUGUAAUAAUGAGUACACUUAACUAUACUACCUUUUAAGAUAAGUUCACUUAACUGUAUUAGGUGUAAAGAUGAGUACACCUAACAGUACUAUAUGUGAAAGUUAGUCCACUUAACUGUACUAUAUGUAAAAAUGAGUCCACUGAACAGGUCUAAAUGUAAAACUGAGUCUACCUAACAGUACUAGAUGUAAAGAUGUGUACACUGAACUGUGCAAGCUGUAAAUAUGAGUACACUGAACAGUUCUAGAUGUGCAAAUAAGUCCACUUAACAGUUCUAGAUGUAAUAAUGACUACACUUAACUAUACUACCCUUUAAGAUAAGUCCACUUAACUGUACUAGGUGUAAAGAUGAGUACACCGAACAGUACUAUAUGUGAAAGUUAGUCCACUUAACUGUACUAUAUGUAAAAAUGAGUCCACUGAACAGGUCUAAAUGUAAAACUGAGUACACUUAACAGUACUAGAUGUAAAGAUGCGUACACUGAACUGUGCUAGCUGUAAAGAUGAGUACACUGAACAGUCUAGAUGUGCAAAUAAGUCCACUUAACAGUUCUAGAUGUAAAAAUUAGUCUGCCUAACUGUACUAGAUGUAAAGAUAAGUCUGCUUAACAAUACUAGGUGUAAAUAUAAGUCCACUUAACAGUACUGUGUGUAAAAAUGAAUACACUUCACAAUACUAGGUGUAAACUAUUAGAUAUAAAAAUGAAUGCACUUAACAGUGCUGAAUGUAAAAUCAGCACACUUAUUACUAAAUGUAAAAAAUAAUACAAUCAACAGUACUAGAUAUAAAAAUGAACGCACUUAACAGUGCUGAAUGUACACUUAGGUGCAAAAUGUAAACAUCAGUACACUUAAUACUAAAAGUAAAAAUAGUAUACUUAACAGUAUUAAAUGCAAAUAUAUCAGUACGGAAAUCAAACCUGCGUACACUCAAGAUUAAUUAUGUAAGAUGAGUGUACUUAGCAGUACUACAUGUAAAGAUGAGUCCAUUGAACAGUACUAGAUGUCAAAAUGAAUACACUCCACUGUACUUGAUGUAAACAUGACUACACUUUACAGUCCAAGAUAUACAAGUUAAUGCACUAAUAGUACUGAAUGUAAACAUCACUACACUUAACAGUACUAUAUGUAAACAUGAUUCAACUUAGCAGAACUAAAUGUAAAUAUCAGUACACUUAACAGUAUCUAAUGUAAAAUGAGUACACUUAACAUAACUAAAUAGAUAUAUACAUAUAUUGAAUGCAAACAGAACACUUAUCAAUACUGAAUGCAAACAUAAGUACAUUUAACAGUACUUAAUGUAAUACUUAGUACACUUAACAGAACUGUAUACAAAUAUCAGUACUGAAUGCAAACAGAUACACUUAUCUGUACUUUGUUAAAAAAAAAAAAGUACACAUAACUAUUAAAUGCAAACAUCAGUUCACUUAACAGAACUUAAUGUACAAAUGCAUACUCGUAAUAGUACUGAAUGCAAACAUAAGUACACUUAACAGUACUUCAUGUAAAAGUUAGUACACUCAACAUAACUGAAUACAGUUAUAUACGCUGAAUGCAAACAUAAGUACGCUUAACAGUACUAAAUGUAAAAAUGUGUAUACUUAACAGUACUGAAAUCAAAUAUCAGUACUGAAUGCAAACGUAGAUACACUUAUCUGUACUUUAUGUAAAAAUAAGUACACUUAACAGUGCUAAAUGCAACCUUUAAAGUGCACAGCCAAGAAAUUUUUUUAUGGGAUUUUUGUUUGACAAUUGCAAAUCAAAUGGGAUGUUACAGUGGAACCAGCUGAUGAUUGUGCCGCUUAUGUGGACAACAUCAAGUCCUGGAUUACUUAAUCAUUUCUAUAAAAAAUGUGUGCGUUUAUGUAGCCAUGUCUUGUAGCGUUGUUACCGUCAUUAUUAUCGCCACUACUUAUACUGCAUUAAAUCAUGCACACAAUAACUUCCUGUUCAGUGUGAAGCCAGCUUCCAAAUAAAAGCAUGGCAUUAUUUACCUGGAUUCUACCAAAACAAAUAAAAUGCAGCAGUCUUUUUGGAGCUUGUUAACCACCAAAAGAUUUGUGCAAACUUAGUCGUCAAGACAUACAAUGAACUUACUGCAGCAGCUCUGUUAGGAAAGAGUAUAAAAUAA